AUGUCAACUGCUCAAAAGCAUUCCAUUUUUGUUUUCCAUCUUCUCUUCCUUUCCUUCCUUCCCUUGAAGAUUACCUCUUCACCAAGAUCACAAGCGGAAGCCCUCAUUCAAUGGAAGAACAGCUUGCUUUUCUCUCCACUUUCUCUCAAUUCUUGGUCUGUGGCAAACAACAACCACCUCUGCAACUGGACUUCCAUUGCUUGUGACAGCACUGACAUGGUUUCUGAAAUAAACCUCUUCAGUGCAAACAUCACUGGAACUCUCACCCAAUUCAAUUUCACACAAUUUGUCAAUCUCACACGUUUUGAUGUCAAUAAUAACAGUCUCAAUGGACCAAUACCUUCUGCCAUUAGUAGCCUGUCCAAGCUCUUUCUCCUGGAUUUGAGCAACAAUUCUUUUGAAGGUAACAUACCAUCGGUGCUAGGGCAACUGACGGAGCUUCAAUAUCUCAGUCUGUUCAACAACAAUCUCAAUGGUACUAUCCCUUACCAACUUAGCACUCUUCAAAAACUGUGGUACUUAGACCUUGGGUGGAACAAAUUAGACUCUCCUGACUCGUCCCAAUUCUCAGCCAUGCCAUUCUUAAGACACCUUAAUCUAGGAAACAAUUCACUUAGUUUAGGCUUUCCUGGUUUCGUACCUGAUUGUUGGAAUUUGACUUUCCUAGACUUGUCAAUAAACCAUUUGACCGGGCCAAUACCCGAGUCAGUUUUCACCAAUUUGGGCCAGCUUCAGUAUCUCAAUCUAACGAAUAACUCAUUCCAAGGACCACUGUCACCAAACAUUUCCAAGCUUUCCAAGCUCAAAAACCUCCAUCUAGGAACCAAUAAGUUAAAUGGUCCGAUUCCCGAGAGUAUAGGAUUCCUGUCUGAUCUUGAAACUUUGGAAUUGUUUGAAAAUUCAUUUGAAAAUAAGAUUCCAUCUUCUGUAGGCCAACUAACAAAGCUCCAGAAACUUGAUCUUCAUUCCAAUGGUUUAAAUUCUACAAUUCCUUUUGAGCUUGGUUUUUGUUCUAACCUCUCAUUUCUGGCCUUAGCCGAUAAUCCACUUACUGGGGAAUUGCCUUCGUCAUUGUCCAAUCUCACCAAAAUAUGUGAGCUGGGUUUGUCAAAUAAUUCUCUUAUGGGUGAGAUCCUGCCAUCUCUUAUCACUAAAUGGACCAGCUUGAUCUCAUUGCAACUCCAAUACAACUCUUUCACUGGAAGGAUUCCUCCAGAAAUUGGCUUAUUGACAAAGCUCAACUACCUCUAUUUGUUUAACAACAAACUAUCGGGGUCGAUUCCCUCCGAGAUAGGGAACUUGAAAAAUCUAAUAGAACUAAGCCUUGCAAGAAACCAGCUUUCAGGUCCAAUUCCUCUGACAAUAUGGAGUCUAAAAAACCUGCAACUCUUGCAACUUUUUGAAAAUAAUCUCAACGGCACAAUUCCACAAGAGAUCGGUAAUAUGGCAUCACUCUCCUCUAUUAACCUUGACAUGAACCAACUGUAUGGGAAGUUGCCAGAGACCAUUUCUCGCCUCACCAAUUUACAGGGAUUUUCAUUGCAUAGUAAUUAUUUAUCAGGUAGAAUUCCUCAGGAUUUUGGGAGAUACAUUCCUCAGUUGAAUUAUGUUAACCUUUACAACAACAGCUUCUCUGGGGAAUUGCCUCCUGAAUUAUGCCGUGGCUUUGCUCUUGGAUACUUGGGUGUUCAACAUAACAACUUCACGGGGUCAUUGCCAACUUGCUUGAGAAACUGUAGUGGACUAAAUGCAGUUGGUCUUGGUGGGAACCGAUUUACCGGUAACAUUACAAAUGCAUUCGGAGUUUAUCCAAAUGUCGAAUAUGUUACUCUUAACGACAAUCAAUUCACUGGUGAAAUCUCGCCGGCCUGGGGAGAAUGCAAAAGCCUUAUCGACCUACAGAUGGCCAGGAAUCGAAUUUCUGGUGACAUACCAGCUGAGCUUGGAAAGUUGACUCAGUUGCAGUUGCUAAACCUGGGCUCAAACGAGUUGACUGGGAGCAUUCCUACUGAGCUUGGAAAUUUGAAAAGGUUGUUUAACCUCAAUUUGAGCCAGAAUCAUCUGUCAGGACAGAUACCUCGGAAUAUAGGUAAUUUACUGGAACUUCAAUAUUUAGAUUUGUCAGAGAACAGCUUGACAGGAACAACACCAGAAGAGCUUGGGAACUGUAACAAGUUAUUGAGCCUGAACUUGAAUCGCAACAAUUUAUCUGGUGACAUUCCAUCGGAGCUAGGGAGCUUAGCUACUCUGCAGUAUUCAUUAGACCUCAGCAGCAAUUCAUUCUCAGGACAAAUCCCUCCAGAGUUGGGAAAACUCAUUUCACUGGAGAAUCUUAAUCUUUCACAUAACAAUCUCUCUGGUAAAAUCCCAACAACAUUACCCCAAAUGAUCAGUCUUCGUUCAUUUGAUUUCUCCUGGAAUGAGUUGACAGGUCCAAUUCCAACUGCUGGUCCAUUCCGAAAUGCUUCCGGAGAAGCCUUUGUUGGAAACUCAGGUUUGUGUGGAAAUGUCGAAGGACUGCCUCCUUGUUAUUCAAUUUCAAUCAGAAAAAGGUCCAGAAUGCGUACUGUGAAGGUGGUUAUUGGGGUAGUUCUUUCUGUCUUCGGCUUAGCAACAAUUGCCGCUUCAGUUUUUGCAUGUCAUUAUCUACGGGAUCAGCCAGAUGAGGAAGCUGAAGGUAGUAAGUUGGAAGGUUCUGAGUCGAUUUGGUCAAAAGAAAGAAAUUUUAAAUUUGGAGACAUUGUAACAGCAACAGAGGAUUUCAGUGAAAGAUUCUGUAUUGGGAAAGGAGGAUCCGGCAGUGUUUACAAAGCAUUAUUGCCUACAGGUCAAAUAGUUGCGGUUAAAAAACUCAAUGUAUCAGACUCCAUUGACAUUCUAGCUACUAAUCGCCGAAGUUUUGAGAAUGAAAUCCGUAUGCUAACAGAGGUGAGGCAUCGAAAUGUCGUCAAGUUUUACGGGUUCUGUUCUCAUAGGGGGCUUUUGUACUUGGUUUAUGAGUAUAUGGAGAGAGGAAGUUUGAAAAGCGUAUUGUACGGAGCAGAAGGGGAAGUGGAGUUAGGCUGGGCGACAAGGGUGAAACUUGUUCAAGGAUUGGCUCAUGCAAUUUCUUACUUGCAUCAUGACUGCUCUCCACCUAUUAUACACCGAGACAUAUCUUUGAGUAACGUCUUGGUGGAAGCAGGAUUUGAGCCAAAACUCUCAGAUUUUGGCACUGCAAGGUUGUUGGAUCCAAAUUCAUCCAAUUGGACCGCAGCUGUUGGAACUUUUGGCUACAUGGCUCCAGAACUUGCACUCACAGUGCGGCGCAGUCUCACAGAUAAAUGUGAUGUUUACAGCUUUGGAGUAGUGGCAUUAGAGGUUAUGAUGGGAAGGCAUCCAGGGGAACUCUUGAAUCCCCUGACAUCAUCAACUUUAUCGUCAGAAAGUACAGAAGUGUUUUUGAAGGAUGUGCUAGACACACGACUCCCGCCUCCCAUAGGCCAAGUUGCAGGGGAAGUUGUGUUUGUAGUCACUCUGGGCUUGAAGUGCACAAAUAUCAAGGCAGAGUCAAGACCCACCAUGCGUUCUGUGGCACAAGAUCUAUCAGCAAGAAGACAGGCUUGCCUGAGUGAACCAUUGGGAAAGAUAACCGUUAGCAAGCUAACAGGAAUAUCAGACGUAGAAGAAUGACGCAAAACUAAUAGCCAACCAAAUCCCACUUCACCAUGGAGUUACGCCUGCAUUACACUUC